AGGCCACCCCAACCCCCCACCCGAGCCCGACCCCGGGGACCCUCACACUCCAAGUUCGGGGCUCCGUAUCGGACCUCCAAGAACUGCAGGCCCCACGGGUUUUGACCAACCGCGGCUCGGUUCCCCCUAAUCCCAGAACCCAGGCCUGGUUCUGCCGACACCCCCGGUCCGCCCCACAGGCAGGUACUUCCCGGAGCUAGCGGGCAACGCCACGUACCCCAGCGCGCCCCGACACACCAUGGCCCCCCGAAACUGGGGCGUGCAAGCGGAGCACAACACCCCAGGUCCCGGCACCUACACGGUGCCCCCGGUCCUGGGCCCGCGAGUCAUCAGUAAGGUCUCCGCCCCCACCUACUCCCUCUACGGCCGCAGCGUCGUGGGCAGCUUCUUUGAGGACCUCAGCAAGACCCCAGGUCCCGGCACCUACCAUGUGGUGAACCCCGGCAUCUACAAGUCUCGGGCCCCCCAGUUCACGAUGCAGCCGCGGACGGCGCUCCCCCAAGACAACAGCCAGAACCCGGGGCCCGCAGCCUACAAUGUGGACCAGUACCGGAAGCCCGGCGGCUUGAGCUUCGGGAUCCGACACUCGGACUACGUGGCCCAGACCUUGGCCGAAGUGGACGACUGAUGGGCCGGCGGGCGCGGCCCCACAAACCUUUGCUUAAAGCUUCGGGAACCAGCCGGGUGUCCGCCUCUCUGUGCGCCCGGCCCGGAGAGGGCGAGGGGGCGGAAGGGCUGGGAGUGGGGGGCGGCGAGUCCGGGAAGUCGAGUCCCGGGGGGCCUGUGAUUGGCCGGAACCAAAGAAACCAAAAACGAAAGCCGCGUCUCCAGGCCCCGGUAGACGAGCUGGUGCGAGCUUCCUCCCCGGGUGCCAAGCUUGCUGUUUGGACCGUAGUCAGGGCACCUACCAGUCAGCCAAUGAGUGCAUCGAUAAGUAAAAUAACUACUUUAUGUUUCUCUCUCUUUUCCUCUCUAAAAUCCAAUAAAAAAAUAUCCUCAGGUGAGAAUUGAAAAUAAAAAAAAA